AUGAGUGCCCAUAAGAAUGCUUUGAAGCUACUGGGAUGUUGCUUAGAAACCCGAAUCCCUAUUCUAGUUUAUGAAUUUCCAUCUGGUGGAUCUCUCAUAGAUAGAAUAUUUUCUCCUCCCAACCCUUUGUCAUGGAAAAGUAGAUUAAGAAUUGCUUAUGAUAUUGCUAAUGUAAUUGUCUAUCUCUACACUACAUUUCCUAGGUCCAUCAUUCAUAUCGAUAUCAAACCCUCAAGUUUCUUUUUGGACCAAGAUUGUGCUGCCAAACUAUCCGAUUUCUCGCUUUCUAUCACUCUUUCUAAAGGUGAAAUGCAAGUGGAUGAUGAAAUUCGUCGAACUUUUGGAUACUUGGCUCUUGAGACUCUUAUCUCAGGUGUGUACACUAAGAAAAAUGAUGUUUUUAGUUUUGGCAUUCUUCUAUUGGAACUUUUGAUUGGGAAAAAGGCACAUUCGAUAAUGCAUGAGGAGAGAGCUAGUGUACAAGAUUAUGCCCAAAGCUUUGUAAACACUUACGACAUCAAUGGCAUUGUGGAUCCUAUAAUUCUAGCUCAGCCAAGAGGGAUACAUGAAGACCUACAAUUUCAAGCCAUAUUUGACCUUGUUAUGAGAUGUAGUAUGAAAGAUAUGGACGAGAGACCAACCAUAGUGAAUGCUGCAAAAGAAGUCAAGAGAAUUCAAAAGUUUGUCCCUUGA